AGUCAACUGCCUAAUGUUUUCCUGGAUAAUUGGAGGCCCCUCUCUUCACAGCUAUAGGGUAACUUUCCUCCUCUCUCAAUUCAGCAAAUUCAGUGUCGCCAUCAAUUUGGGUGAACUUUUGUGAACUCUUACUUUCAUAGAAAUCCCUGCAUUCCAUGGAUUCCAAUUCCUCUCCUUCUAACACCAUCCCCGUAGUCUCGACGCUUGCUUCGCCUCUGGAGUCCCCUCCUCCUCCUGCUCUCAACGCCGAUGCCGAUUCUUCAUCCUCAUCGGCCCGAAAGCCCUUCAGCCUGUGGCCUGGAAUGUACCAUUCGCCGGUCACAGAUGCUUUGUGGGAAGCGAGGGCCAGUAUCUUCGAGGAGCUUUACGACCCAGAAAAAGUCGACGGGCCUCCGCAGACCGAAUUUCUCACAAGAACUCCCUCCCAGAGCCGCACCACUAUUCUCUAUCGUUUUUCUUCAGACCCUAUCUUGAGAGAACAAUAUAGAGAUCCCUGGAACGAGGUCAGAAUUGGGAAAUUGGUUGAAGAGCUUGAUGCCUUGGCUGGGUUCAUCUCCGUCAAGCAUUGUUCCGAUGAGGACAGCACCACAAGGCCACUCUUGCUGGUCACUGCUUCUGUGGACAGGAUUGUGCUGAAGAAGCCGAUCAGUGUUGAAGUUGAUCUCAAGAUAGUCGGUUCUGUGAUAUGGGUCGGCCGCUCCUCACUGGAUAUUCAACUGGAAGUCACUCGGUCAAAUGAAGACUCGGUAGCUCUGACUGCCAACUUCAUAUUUGUGGCUCGUGACUCCAAGACUGGCAAAGCAUUUCCGGUGAACCGGCUCUCUCCAGAAACUGAACUGGAAAAGCUCCUAUAUGAAAAGGCUGAAGCGAGAAAUAAAUUGAGGAAAACUAGAGGAGGAGAUAGAAGGGAACUUGAGAAUGGGGAAGUGAAUAGACUCAAAACACUGUUGGCUGAGGGCAGGAUUUUCAGUGACAUGCCAGCCUUGGCAGACAGAGACAGCAUUCUUCUAAGGGACACUCGCCUUGAGAACGCUUUGAUUUGCCAUCCACAACAGAGGAACAUGCAUGGUCGAGUCUUUGGAGGGUUUUUGAUGCACCGAGCUUUUGAAUUAGCUUUCUCAACAGCUUAUGCCUUUGCUGGAUUGGUUCCUUGCUUUCUUGAAGUUGAUCAUGUUGAUUUCUUAAGGCCUGUGGAUAUCGGAGAUUUCCUUCGUAUGAAAUCAUGUGUUCUGUACACAGAAGUUGAGAAUCCUGAGCACCCUCUAAUCUAUGUUGAAGUUGUUGCUCAUGUAACGAGGCCUGAAAUGAGGUCUAGUGAGGUGUCAAAUACUUUCUAUUUCACUUUCACCGUACGUCCAGUGGCAAAAGCCAUGAAAAAUGGUUUUAGAAUCAGGAAUGUGGUUCCAGCGACAGAGGAAGAAGCCCGUCGUGUUCUAGCUCGGAUGGAUGCUGAGGUCUUGCAGAGGCUUGAUGAUCAAGAAGGCAUGCCACAAUGAAUUAGACGAGGCAAAGGGCAUAGUGGCUAUGCUGAUUAUUGGUAAAAUAUAUUACUAUGGUUGAUAUUAAAGUAAUACGAGAGUGACUUACCAUAUAUACCUGUGCUCAUGUGUUGUCUAAGAAAAAUUAAAAAAAUAACAAAAAAAAAAAAAUGUAUUUUCUGGUUUGAGCUCCUGGAUUGAUACUCGUGAGUGUAUGCGUUUGGAGCUGUGUGGUUGAAUUGCUUUUGUAUGUCUGCUUGAAUUUAGACCUCUGGGUGAUUUCUUUGUGAUGAUGACGUCUAUUAUGAACAAUAUAGGUGCUAUCACCUGCUCACUGUUGGUGACUUGGCUCCCAUCUUAUUCAAUGCAAAUCGAUAAUGGAUUUAUUUUA